AUGCCCUCUAUCCUCGUAAUCAAUCCAAACUCGUCUCAAAAAGUCUCGGACAACUUGGAGAAGAUUUUGGUUCCACCUCCAAAUACUAAUCUUUUCUUUUAUACGGCCCCAGCUGAGGCUCCAAAGGAGAUUGAUGGAACGGAAUCUCUGAUUGAGUCUGAACAAGUGGUCCUUCCUGAUCUCUUGGCCAAAGGGCUCCACGAAGCCUACGAUGGGUACCUAGUGUGUUGUUAUUCGGACCAUCCACUAAUUCAUUCGCUCGCUAAAAGUACUACGAAGCCCGUGUUGGGAAUAAUGCAGGCUACGCUUUUGUACAGUUAUUCCAACGCCAGACUUAACAAGCUGUUUGUGUUGACCAGUACUAGCGGCUGGAAUGCUACUUUGGAUGAGGCCAUAACGUCUUUUGGUGGUGCUGGUGUAUUCCCUGCUCAGAAAUUCCAGAGAACCCGUGCUUUGGAUGUGCUGGUCUUGAGUUUGGCAGACGAAGACGAGUUUGCUAAGAUAUCCCGCCGCGUUGCCGAGGUCUUUGACGAGUACAAAGAAGAUAAGAUCGAUGCGGUGUUGUUGGGGUGCGCUGGUAUGGCAGGCUUGGAUGAGAAGCUACUGGCGUUGUAUCCAGAGGUGGUGUUCGUGGAUAGUUGUAAGGUUGGCGUUGAGUUCUUGUCGGCACUCACCAGACUUUGCUAA